CGCCUCCUCUUCCUCCUCUCCGAUCCCCGACCUGGCAGUUUAGCGCUUGCUGCGGAAGGCUCUACGGCCUCGCUGGACGCUCCGUUUUCUCCCCCGGCCCCGCCGCCGCCUCCUUUUCCCACCUCCCUCGACUCCGGGGAGGCGGCUGGAGGCGGCGGCGGCGGCGACGACAGGCGGUAUUCGGGGCAAGAUCUGCUGCUGGGGAAAAUGGCGGGGAACGGCGCGGGCUUUGCCGGAGCGGGCAGCGGGGAGAUCAUCCAGCUCAACGUCGGGGGCACCAGGUUCAGUACUUCACGACAAACACUAAUGUGGAUCCCUGACUCCUUUUUUUCCAGUUUGUUGAGUGGGAGAAUUUCAACACUGAAAGACGAAACUGGUGCUAUAUUUAUUGAUAGAGAUCCUGCAGCAUUUGCACCAAUUUUAAAUUUUCUUCGAACAAAGGAAUUAGAUUUGAGAGGAGUAAGUAUCAAUGUACUCAGACAUGAAGCAGAAUUUUAUGGAAUCACACCGUUAGUAAGAAGAUUGCUUUUAUGUGAAGAACUUGAGCGUUCCUCUUGUGGAAGUGUACUCUUCCAUGGAUAUCUCCCACCUCCAGGCAUUCCAAGUCGAAAAAUCAAUGGUUCUGCAGGAACAUCUACAGAUGUUAGAAUACCUCAGAACUGCUCUGAAGGUGAGAUGCGAGAUGGCAAUUUGCAGCCUUCACUAACUGGUACUGGUGAAGAUACAGUUAAGCUAGGGAUUCCUGUGGAUCCUCGAAAAGUUUUGAUAGUGGCUGGCCACCAUAACUGGAUAGUUGCUGCAUAUGCCCACUUUGCAGUUUGUUACAGAAUUAAAGAAUCCUCUGGGUGGCAACAAGUUUUUACGAGUCCUUACUUAGACUGGACUAUUGAACGUGUCGCUCUGAAUGCAAAGGUUGUUGGUGGUCCACAUGGUGACAAAGAUAAAAUGGUUGCAGUGGCAUCCGAAAGCAGUAUCAUUUUAUGGAGCAUCCAGGACGGUGGUAGUGGUAGCGAAAUAGGAAUCUUUAGUCUUGGAGUCCCAGUAGAUGCUCUUUUCUUCAUUGGUAACCAGUUGGUAGCCACCAGUCACACAGGAAAAGUGGGAGUAUGGAAUGCUGUGACUCAACAUUGGCAGGUUCAAGAUGUUGUCCCAAUCACUAGCUAUGAUACUGCAGGAUCAUUCUUACUGCUGGGCUGCAACAAUGGCUCCAUAUAUUAUAUUGAUAUGCAAAAAUUUCCAUUACGAAUGAAAGAUAAUGAUCUUCUAGUGACGGAACUUUACCACGAUCCUUCUAAUGAUGCCAUAACUGCACUUAGUGUUUACCUUACACCCAAAACAAGCGUAAGUGGCAAUUGGAUCGAGAUUGCAUAUGGCACAAGCUCUGGAGCUGUACGUGUAAUUGUGCAACACCCAGAAACAGUUGGUUCAGGACCACAACUUUUCCAGACUUUCACAGUUCACCGUAGCCCUGUUACAAAGAUCAUGUUAUCAGAAAAACAUCUGGUAUCAGUGUGUGCUGAUAAUAAUCAUGUCCGGACAUGGACAGUGACACGUUUUAGAGGAAUGAUUUCAACACAGCCAGGAUCCACUCCUCUGGCAUCAUUCAAAAUUUUGUCAUUGGAGGAAACAGAGAGUCAUGGAAGUUACUCUUCUGGAAAUGAUAUAGGUCCAUUUGGUGAGCGUGAUGAUCAACAGGUAUUUAUCCAAAAAGUUGUUCCCAUCACCAACAAACUUUUUGUGAGACUCUCUUCUACUGGAAAAAGGAUAUGUGAAAUUCAGGCAGUUGACUGUACUACAAUUUCCUCCUUUACUGUGCGUGAAUGUGAGGGAUCCAGCAGAAUGGGUUCAAGACCACGGCGUUACCUCUUCACAGGGCAUGUUAAUGGCAGUAUUCAGAUGUGGGACCUAACUACAGCAAUGGAUAUGGUUAAUAAAAGUGAAGAAAAAGAUGUGGGUGGUCCUACUGAAGAAGAAUUGCUUAAACUUCUGGAUCAGUGUGAUCUAAGCACAUCUCGCUGUGCAACCCCCAAUAUCAGCCCAGCUACUUCAGUAGUCCAGCAAAGCCGACUGCGUGAAUCAAGCUCUAGCCUCCAGUUACAGCACCGGGAAACAAUCCACGAAACUGCUACCUAUGGCUCCAUAAGGCCAUAUCGGGAGAGCCCCUUACUAGCCAGAGCCCGCCGGACAGAAAGUUUUCACAGCUACAGGGAAAUUCAACCUUUUAAUUUAAGUAAAACCAUGGUAGACAAAGCUGUUCCUCCGAAUGGCAACUGGAGUCCUUUACAGGCAGAAGGCAAAAGAAUUGGUGAAAACAUAACUGACAAAAAAGCUUCAGCUUUAGCACUUGAGAUAAGAAUGGGCAGAGUGCCAGAUGGGGGAACAGAACUUCAGAAAGUGUCUGAAAGCAUAUUAGAAUUGAAAAAAAGAGGAAACGAUGAAGACAAUGAAACCAAAGCAGACUGCAAAAGGAAGAGUGGAUUUGAAGGAGGGGGCUUCCUUGGAAGAAAGAAAGGACCGCAUCUUGUGGAGUCAUCACCAAACAUUGUAGAAGGAAGUUCUGAAGUAUUUGGUACAGCUUCCCCAUCUCCUACAAAGACAACAGUUUCUCCACGGCAUAAGAAAAGUGACUCAUCUUGCCAGGAUUAUACCUUGUGAAAAUAAAAGAUGUCUAUAUCCCACAUGUAUAUCGAACGUUUCUCACUAAACUGGACAAGUUUCACAUUUAUGUAUCUAAAUUUGUAUCUUUCUAAUUGAAGAUGAGUUUGAGUUAGAAUCAGACAGGAUGAGGAAACACAUUCUAGAAAAAUCAGCCUUCCAAUCCUGGUGUUUCCCUCGAUAAGUUGGACUUGAACUUCCGUAAUUUUGUUGAGCAGGCUGGCUCAAUUCUGGGGAAUUAUGGGAGUUGAAGCUGAUUUCUCUAAUAGGUCACCAGAUGGAGAAAGCUGCUAAAAAACCUGGCUUCACAGCACAAUCAAUGGAAGCAUUUUUGAACUACUCAAGAUUGGUGUUAACUUUCUAUAACUGUCUAUGUGAAGUCCAGUUCUGGUACAGACGUUUUCAAGCUUUGUUUAAUACAGGCUGGAAUGCACUACCGUUUUUGUUGUAGAGUAACUGUUUCCUAAUCUUGGUUACAAACAUGCUACGUAUUUAAAGUUUAUGGUCUUUCUAUAGAGCAAUUCAUACUUUCAGUGUGGUUUCCAUGUUGAAAACAAUAAUGGUAAGAGUUAGGGUGCUUUAUUUUAUGUCUUGCUUUUUCUGCUGUGCCACCAGUUUUUAUUAGUAUUAAUAAACUUUGUAUAUCAUCUCACACUUCAAUGUGUUGACUUAACCAAAUUGAAAUUCUAAAUGUCUUGUUACGGCUAUUAUAAAAUAUUACUUUGCAGAUAUUUAUCAAAUAUUAAAGUAUAAAGAAUGUAGUCAUUCUGUACAUUCCUUUUAAUUACAAUCGCAUCAGUGGAUUAAUUCUAGAAAGACGGGCCACAUCUUCCUAUCAAGCUAUUAGUAGUUGCUCUCAUAAGUGGUAUCUUGCAUUUUAUGAAGCUCCAUGUGCCAGCUGUUUGCAAGUGGAGCUUGCUAUUAUGAGACGUUGCACAAAUUACUUCUACAAAACUUCUGUGUUGUCUGGUUUAGUCAGCAAUCAGUAAGAGAGAAACACCCCCCCCCCAAAAAAAGCAUGCUACCAUAUGCCACAGGAAAUGAGAACUCCAGUCACUUUCUUAACAACAUAUAUUAAUGUUUACAAUGAUGAACUGCAAGAUUCACAAAUUACCUAGUUAUAGACCAAAAGUUCAUAGAGAACUUCACUUAUUAUACCACUGUAUCAAAUUAAGAAAUCUGUUUAGGUCUGCACAGUUGAAAAAACUGGAAUUUGUAGACUUAAGCUUCCCAAUAUUUCUAGGAGCAAUACCUGUGCAUGAAAGUGUCUUUUAAUUCUUUGGCAAGGGCACAAGCAAUAUUGAGAUUUCUUCUUGCUUUUCCUUUCUCCCUCAGUCCAGUCAAAUUACAUUCUUACAGAUCUCUGGUUUCAUAGAGACCCUUAAUGAUAAUAGCCUUGAAUGUCCUCAGUUGCAUAUGAUAGGUUGGAAGAAAACCAGGAUUCUACUGAGUCUUGCACAAAUAGAGUCUGUUCUCUGAGCCUCUUUGUGAUGUUUUAUUGUAUGCUUUCAGAAAUCAUAAGCAUAUUUUUAAGUAGAUAAUUAUUCCCUUAUUUGCAAUAUGAAAAAGGGCAAGAAUUGAAAUAUGAUAUCCCAAAGCCAGGCUUAUACUUGAUCCUUCAAUAUUCUUUGCUGAAUAUUUAGACAGAUUUUGUAUCAAUGUAACACCACCAACAUAGAAUAAAAUAUACAAAGCUAUAAGCCU